AUGGAUGAAAGGCAGAUUUCUACUCAGUAUAAUGAAAAAUUUCACAUUGGCUUGAGCCAUCUGAAAGUGGAAUGGAAUGGUUCAAGAGGGAGUGGGCUCCCCAUCACUGAAAGUCUUCAAGCUAAGGCCACUAGUAUCAUACGGAAGACUGCUGUUCAGAUAUGGCUUGAGAUCGAUUUAACCAAUAAUUCCCCUUUCUUUUCUCUCUCAGUUGCCUUUCCCAGUAAUAAUGUUGAAAGGAUCAUAGGAGGAAAGAACUGUACAAAGGAUUCGGUACCCUACCAGGUGUAUAUAGCUACUGGUAACUUUAUGUGUGGUGGAUCCCUCAUCAAGGCCCAAUGGGUACUUUCAGCUGCUCACUGCUAUAAUCCAGAAAUCCAGGUGAUCUUGGGUGCCUACAACCUUAAUAUCUUUGAGGGAACUGAGCAAAUCAUCAGUUCUAAUAAGGUGAUCCGCCACCCCAGCUACAAUGAAGAGGAUACCAACCAUGACAUUAUGCUGAUUAAGCUGACUAAGUCUGCCACCCUCAACUCUCACGUGUCUACCAUCUCCCUGCCCACAUCUUGUGUGGCUCCUGGCACUAACUGCCUCAUAUCUGGUUGGGGCAAAACUAAGAUUAGUCUCUGGGAUUGGUUAGCUGGAUUAUACCUGUUCCCAAGAGCCAAAUCUCCCAACAUCCUUCAGUGCUUGAAUGCUCCAGUGCUCUCUGACAUUUCCUGCCAAAAGGCCUACCCUGGAAAGAUCACCAGAAAUAUGAUCUGCCUGGGAUUUAUGGAGGGUAAAAAGGAUACCUGCCAGGGUGACUCAGGUGGUCCUGUGGUCUGCAAAGGUCAACUCCAAGGCAUUGUUUCAUGGGGCAUGGGUUGUGCCAAGAAAGGAUAUCCUGGCGUCUAUACCAAGGUCUGCAACUAUGUGGACUGGAUUGAAAAAACCAUUGCUGAAAACUAAGUUCCUUGCCCUGCUUCCCUUCCUUGACUUCCUCCUUCUAGCACUGGAAAAGACAUGUAAAAAUGUCCAUUUCCUUGAAAAUGACUUUAAUAAUCUUUUUAAUAUGCAACCUCUCCAUUUGAGUGUAGUCUUUGACCUAGAAUUUUUUUAUUUUUAAUUUUAAAAUUAUGUAAAGUAUGUAAAAUUAUGUAAAGUAAUGAUGAGCAUAAGAGCUAGUAUGAGUAUACACACAUACAUACACAUACAUAUUUAUCACUUGCACAUU